CAAAGGCACCCCCCUUUCCUUGGUGUCCUUUGGAGGAGGGCCUUUGCAUUGCUUCUGAGCAAGAAAGGAAAAAAAGAAAGGGAGGUCGGAGUGUUCAUUUGCAACGCAUCCCCCAUCCUUGCAGCUAGACUUCCUUCUAUGGUCCGCCUCGAAGAAGCAGUUACUGAAACAUCCCCAGCAGAAUUGCUGGGUUGCAGAGAAGGUGAAAUGGCAGUGGCCACAUCACCCAACCUCUGGAAUGGCAAGCAGGCAGACUCCGAACCUUUGCCUCUUGGAUCUGGAGCUGAAAUUGGUGCUUUGACGUUGACUCAGCUGAAGUUCUUUAAGGAGGUGGCUGUGUAUUUCUCCAAGGAAGAAUGGGCUUUCCUGGAUCCAGGCCAAAGGGCUCUCUACAAAGAAGUCAUGCUGGACAACUAUGAUAUUGUAGCCUCUCUUGAUGGUGAUUGGGACAAUGAGAAGUAUCGGCAUCCCGCUCAUAUCAGCAAGCAUGAUGAUGCCAAAGACUCUGGAAAGUAUUUUAGUGAGAGUCGACCACUUUCCCAGCAUGAAGGAUAUGAGAAAGGAGAGAAAAAUGCUAAAUGUAUCUUGUGUGGAAAGAAUGCCUAUGUGACAUCAGAACUUACUAUACAUGAAGGAAUUCAUACAGAGGAGAAGCCAUAUAAAUGUGUGGACUGUGAAAACAUCUUCAGUACAAGCUCAAAUGUUACAGCACUUGAAGGAAUUAAUACAGAGGGAAAGCCAUAUAAUAAGAGCAUUGAGUGUGAAAAGGCCGUUAGUUUGAGUUCAUGUCUUAGUACAGAUGGAGCAUCUCACACAAGGAAGAAGAUAUAUAAAUGUAAAGUAUGUGAAAAGAUCUUAGGCAGUAGCAGAUCACUUGCUGUCCAUCAGAAAAUUCAUUCAGGGGAGAAAUUGUAUAAAUGCACCGAUUGUGACAAGAGCUUUGGUCGGAAGGAGCAUCUUACAAAGCAUCGGAGAACUCAUACGGGAGAGAAACCCUAUGGGUGCACGGAGUGCGGCAAAAGUUUUGGUGAUAGCGGAUCACUUACUGUGCAUCAAAGAACGCACACAGGGGAGAAACCAUAUAAGUGCCUGGAUUGUGGGAAAAGCUUCUGUCAGAAUGGGCACCUCAGGCAGCAUCAACGGACGCACACAGGGGAAAAACCAUACACAUGCAAGGAGUGCGGCAAGUGCUUUAGUCAGAAUGGGGACCUUAGGCAGCAUGAAAGAACUCACACGGGAGAGAAGCUGUAUAAAUGCAUGGAGUGUGGGAAAAACUUCAGUGAGAGUCGAUCGCUGGCUGUUCAUGAACGAAUUCACACGGGAGAGAAACCCUAUCAAUGUACAGAGUGCGGACGGAGCUUCAGCGUCCGUGGAUCGCUUACUAAGCAUCAGAGAACUCACACGGGAGAGAAACCGUAUAGAUGUAUGGAGUGUGGGAAGAACUUCACUGAUAGCGGAUCACUUGCUGUGCACGAAAGGACUCACACGGGGGAAAAACCGUAUCAAUGUACAGAAUGUGGCAAGCGCUUUGGUCAAAAAAGGCACCUUAAGAAACAUCAAAUAACUCACACUGGGGAGAAACUGUUUAAAUGCAAGGAUUGUGGGAAGAGCUUCAGUGACAGCGGUUCGCUCACAAUACAUCAGCGGAUGCACACAGAGGAGAAGCCGUAUAAAUGUAAGGAAUGCGGAAAGAGCUUUAGCGUAAGCACGUACCUUAUAAUACAUGAAAGAAGUCACACCGGAGAAAAACCGUACACAUGCACGAUAUGCGGGAAGAACUUAAGCAGUAGUGGAUCUCUUACCGUGCAUGAAAGAACCCAUACAAGUGAGAAACCAUACAAGUGUAUGAAGUGCGGGAAGAACUUCAUUCGGAAAGAGCACCUCAUGAACCAUGAGAGAAUUCAUACGGGAGAGAAGCCCUUUGAGUGCACAGAAUGUGGAAGGAGUUUCAGUGACAGUGGAUCGCUUACGAAACACCAAAGGACUCACACAGGGGAGAAACCAUAUAAAUGCACAACUUGUGGAAAGAGCUUCAGUCAAAAUGGGCACCUCAGGCAGCAUGAAAGAACGCACACAGGGGAGAAGCCCUAUAAAUGCCAGGAGUGCGGAAAGAGUUUCAGUCAGAACGGGGACCUUAGGCAGCACAAAAGAACGCAUACGGGAGAGAGACCAUACAAAUGCAUAGAGUGUGGGAAAAGUUUUAGUGAUAGUAGAUCGCUAACGGUGCAUGAAAGAAUUCACACAGGAGAGAAGCCCUAUAAAUGCAUGGAGUGCGGAAAGCGCUUCAAUCUGAGUGGAUCACUUACUAAGCACCAAAGAACCCACACAGGGGAAAAACCAUAUAAAUGUAUGGAGUGUGGGAAGUGCUUCGGUGAUAGUGGGACACUUCUGAAGCAUGAACGAAUUCACACAGGGGAGAAACCCCAUAAAUGCCCGGAGUGUGGAAAGUGCUUCAGUAAGAAAGAACAUCUUCGACAUCAUCACAGAACUCAUACCGGGGAGAAGCCUUAUUCAUGUGCAGAGUGCGGAAAGAGCUUUAGCACAACCUCACACCUCACUGCCCAUGAAAGAAUUCACAGUGGGGAAAAGCCCUACAAAUGCCUAGAGUGUGGCAAGAGUUUCAAUCAGAGAGGGAACCUUUGGAAGCAUCAGAAAACUCACAAGAAGAAAGAGACCCUUGAAAUGCAUUGAGUGAGAAAAUAACUUCUGUAAGAGUGGAUCCCUUACAAUUCAUGUUUCCUGGCACACUAUACACAAUACUAGUUAACACUCCAGCCCCAUGAUGGCCUUGUGACCAAUUUAUUGCAUCUUUCUUCUGGUUCUCAGCCAGCAUUGGAAUACAUUCCAAUAACUCUCUGCAACUUUCAUAUGGUUAUCUAUUUGUCCUGGCUUUAGGCAAUAUCUUUCCUCUCACACAGUAAAGUCUCACUUAUCCAAGAUAAACGGGCUGGCAGAACCUUGGAUAAGCGAAAAUGUUGGAUAAUGAGGGAUUAAGAAAAAAGCCUAUUAAACAUAAAAUUACAUUAUGAUUUUACAAAUUAAGCACCAAAACAUCAUGUUUUACAACAAAUUGACAGAAAAAGCUGUUCAAUACACAGUAAUGUUAUGUACUAAUUACUGUAUUCACGAAUUUAGCACCAAAACAUGGCAACAUUUACUACAAAAACAUUGACUACUAAAAGGUAGACUGCCUUGGAUAAUACAGAACAUUGGAUAAGUGAAGCUUGGAUAAGUGAGACUCUACUGUAUUUGUUUUCUGGUGACAAAAUGUUUUUCUUGGUUGCGUGGUUUUUAGGCCUAUUCCUGGAGUUACUUGGGGCACUGAUUCAGAAAAUUGCAUUAGAUACAUUGCAUCAGCUCUAGAUUCUUGGAUAUGGUUUUCUCUGGAUGAGCAGAUGAUGAAAGAUAGAUGCCAUAUGUUCUGCAUCUCAAAAAUGAGAGCUGUUAGGGCAAAUCUGGUGCCAGUUUUGAAAUCAGCAGGUCAGAUAUACCCAGAAAGAGGUCUAACAUUUUGGCAUCAAAACGUUCACAUCGUAAAGACUGGACUGUCAUAUCAUCACCAUACCCACAAGCUUUGUAUUUCUGUGGCACGCAGCCUGUCUAUAAAGUCUGUUCCUAGGCACAUCACUCAGUGGUGAAGUCAAUUUAGUUUCCAAAAGCUUCUUCUACAAAUGUCUUUCUCUCGUGUUAGUCUCAAAGAUGCUACAAAAUCCCUUUGAAUACUGAUACUCCAGCCUAACAGUAAUUUCUUUGAAUUCUGUUCAUUGCAGAGGAUUAGCUGCCUCAAUUCCUAGGAGUGUGGAAAGAUUUCCGUGAGCUUUGGUGAACAUGAAAUAACUCAUGGGAAUUUGACAGCAGUGUGCAAAUCUUAAGAUCAUUUGGGAGCUUGCCACCAACCAAGACACUAGUUACUUAGUGAAAAUUCUUUACUGUUUCUUCCUUUUCCCCCCCUCCUGAUUUUUCUUUAUUAAGCAACAUAUUCUGUCCAACAGGACAUCUGUUUCCCCUAGAGCCUUGUUGAUUCCUUCUGUAUUGGAUUGAGAUGGUGUUUCACUUUCAGAAUCUAAUGUUUACCUUUUCAUUUCUUUGUAUACUUGCUGUAUUUUAAAUAUAUUAUGCUGAGAUUAGAAAAGUUUUAUCAGACCCAUUAGGCAGUCACCUGGCAAAAUGGUUAGCUUUGCCCCUAAUAGCAGCUGCUUGCUAUACAUUCGAUAACUCAACAUAGGGGGGAUAUAGGAAUGUGGGGAAAUUUUCAGUUCAUAUUGGGCAUCAAUAAGAGAGGGGGCAAGUAAAUGUAUAGAGUGUGGGAAGGACAAAAAAAUUUUUUGUGUGUUAUCAGGGUGGGAGCAGAAAAUACAUAAAGAGGAAGAUUAUGGAUUUGGCUCAUGUAGGCUCUCAACUAGUGCCUACUCAAUCACUUCAUUCAUACAAUUUGCCAUAUUGACCACAUAUUUCCGGGUUUGUACCUGCUUAGUGUUGAAUCUGUGGCACAACUCCAUUUGAAUGUAAAUAAUGUUUCUGUCUAUGGGCUUCAACUGUGGAUAAUUCUGAGAUUGACCCAAAAGAAGACCUCUUCCACAACAUUUCUCCAAAGACCUUAGGAUCAUCACUCUUUCAGCUUCCAAUGCAUUGGGGUAUUAUAACAAGUUUUUCCCAUUGAGAAACCAUCUUGAUUAGCUGUAAGGAUAGCCUUUUAAUGCAGAGAAUGGCUUCUUUGUCUUCAUGUUUCUAAUAUGGAUUCUUAUUUUAGUAUCUGUUCUGAUAAUAUUGACUUCCACUGUAAUCAAUGUAGACCUCUUGUGUAUUUGAAAUUCUUGUAUUUGUGCUGUGUUUGAUAUUUAGUUGAAUUUUUUAAUGCAUUUCAGUUUGUUUUUUGUGUGGUGAAAUGCCUUGUAAAGAUUGAGCAUCCAGGUACUCCAAAUUCCGAAAUCAAACCACUUGGUCCCAAGUAUUUCAAACAAAGGAUACUCAAACCUGUUUGAAUACAUGUCUACAGCACAUAAUUAUCCAUCUAUACACAUAAUAAAAGUGAAAAUGUG